CUGCUCAGCAAGCAGUAGGUAAUGAGUCUUUGUGCAGAGUGAAGCUCUUGUCGCUGAACAAUAAAGCAUAUGGUACCAGCAAUAAAACACAGUGCUGGGAAAUUUAAGAAGAUUCUGUUGGAAGUAGGAAGACAGUGAAUAUGUCAUAUGUUAUAAAAUGAUAAUCAAUCUAUUUUGGUUCCUAAUUAAUAAAAAGAGUGCAUGGAUUGGAAAAACAACAAUUUGAACAGGUACAUGUGACAGCAUUGCAGCUAUGAGUGGAAUUUUAAAGAGGAAAUUUGAAGAAGUUGAUGGCUCUUCACCCUGCUCCUCCGUACGAGAAUCUGAUGAUGACAUUUCUAGCAGUGAAAGUGCUGACAGUGGCGAUAGUGUCAAUCCAUCCACUUCUAAUCAUUUUACCCCUUCAUCUAUCCUGAAGAGGGAGAAGCGGAAGAGAACAAAAAAUGUUCAUUUUAACUGUGUUACCGUGUACUACUUCACAAGAAGGCAAGGCUUCACUAGUGUCCCAAGUCAAGGAGGAAGCACACUGGGCAUGUCCACUCGUCACAACAGUAUGCGCCAGUACACCCUUGGAGAAUUUGCAAUGGAACAGGAGAGGCUUCAUCGAGAGAUGUUGAGAGACCAUCUAAGGGAGGAGAAACUUAACUCUUUAAAACUGAAGAUGACAAAGAAUGGUACAGUGGAAUCUGAAGAUGCUAAUACUCUAACACUUGAUGAUAUUUCUGAUGAUGAUAUUGAUUUAGACAACACAGAAGUAGAUGAAUAUUUCUUUCUACAACCCCUACCAACAAAAAAACGAAGGGCAUUGCUGCGAGCCUCUGGAGUAAAAAAGAUUGAUGUGGAAGAAAAACACGAGCUGCGGGCUAUCCGCCUCUCCAGAGAGGAUUGUGGCUGUGACUGCCGAGUGUUCUGUGAUCCAGAAACUUGUACCUGCAGCCUUGCAGGCAUAAAAUGUCAGGUGGAUCGUAUGUCUUUUCCAUGUGGUUGCACUAAAGAAGGGUGCAGCAAUACAGCAGGUAGAAUUGAAUUUAACCCCAUCCGUGUACGGACUCACUUUUUGCAUACAAUAAUGAAGCUUGAAUUGGAGAAAAAUAGAGAGCAGCCAGUCACUCCACUGAAUGGUUGCCACACUGAGGUAAGUGCUCACACUAGUUCUAUGAGUACAGCACCCCACGCAGUAGAAUAUUCACUUGCAGAGAAUUUUGAGAUUGACGCUGACCCUCAGGCUGCAGUGAUGCACCUGCAGUCUGCUGAAGAUUUGGAUUGUCCUGGAGAAGAGGAGGAGGAGGAGGAGGAAGAUGGUAGUAGCUUUUGUAGUGGAGUUACAGAUUCUAGUACAAGUUUAGCACCCAGUGAAUCCGAUGAUGAGGAUGAGGAGGAGGAGGAGGAAGAAAAAGCAGAUGAAUUUGUGGAAGGCUUGGGGUCCCAUGCCGAUGUGGUGCCUCUUCCUUCUGUCCUUUGCUAUUCUGAUGGAACUGCAGUGCACGAAAGCCACUCUAAAAAUGCCUCAUACUAUGCUAACUCUUCAACACUGUAUUACCAAAUAGAGAACCAUGUCCCUGGCAGUAAUAACCAGAUCGCUGAGACCUUUUCAGAAAGGGACAUGGUUAAAAAUAGUAGUCUUUCUCUGGUGCCUUAUAAUAUGACUUCAGAGCAGUUUGUUAACUACACACGGCAAUCAGAUGAAAGUUACAGCAGUUCUCAUUAUCCUUCUGCAAACCCCUCUGUGAUAGUAUGCUGCUCCUCUUCGGAAAGUGAUAACAGUGUUCCAUGUAAUAGUUUAUACACUGAACAUAGGCCAAGCCACCCUCAAGUGGAAUUUCACUCAUACUUGAAAAGUACCUCUCAAGAUGGAUUUGUUUCAGCUUUGAAUGGUGAUAGUCACAUACCAGAGCAAGCUGCUGAGAACUCUAUAAGCCUUUCGGAAAAGAGCAGACUGCAUGAAGAGUGUAUCAAAUCAUCUGUAGUGGAAACCGUACCUGUUUAAUUUAUUAAGAUAUUCUAGGACUGAAUCCCUUUAUUUAAAUGCACUCCAAUUGGAUUUCCUAGAAUCAUAAUUUUUUAAGCUGUGGACUAAGAAAUCUUGGACUGUGGUUAAUGUUCCAGACACAUUGUUUUUUUCUUUCAAGCAACAUGGCCGUGACAUUGCACAAAAACAGUUCAUGUAAAGAUUAAAAGCAGAAAUCAAGCUGUCUUUUGAUAGAAAAUGUAUAAAUUAAAAAUAUGUACAUAUUUCAAAGUAGCCUACCUGUCACACUGUGUGAAAUCUGCCAAGCUAUCUGAAUCAAAGCUUUGUGGUUUUGAUUGUUGGGCCUGUGCAAGAUUGUUAAAUGAUACUUUGAAAUAAUCGUGUUAAGAGUCCUAAAUUUUCAACAUAUCUGAAAAAGAUAGUGACUUUUUAUGUAAAAGUAAUUAAUGUAUGAAAAAGAUUUAAGUGUUCUGUACUGUAUUUUAUUUAUGGUAGUUAAGUACUCAUGUCUGAUAAAAAUGAACAGAACGUUCAUUUGAAUUGAAGAUCCAUAGCUAGUUCUGCAGAGCAUGCCCACGUAAAUUUUAUCUGGCAUACCAUAUACACUUUUAUAACUUCUCCUAGCAACUGAUCUUAAAAUAUAUACUUUAAAAUUACUGGAUCUGUUUUUACUGUUUUUGACAGACAGAUCUGUUGGUAAGGGGCAUUUAUAUUUUGUAUAAAGGUGAAAGAUAGGACAAUCGUCUUUUAAUGUUUGAAUCAAUGACAACCCACAGUUAACUCCACCUACAGAAAAUUUGAUGUUGUGUAUAAGGACAAAGCAGUAAUUUAUAAACUUGCACAGCACCUUUUAGUCCCACAAAUAUUCAGCUUACUAAUGCACUUUAGUGCCAUUUUGCAGUACCUCAUUAGUUGUGAGAACUGUGAACUAUUUCGGAGAUAUGCCAUAGCUCCAGAUUGUGAGAUCUAUAUAAUAGACAGGCAUCUUAAAUUCAUUGUAAUAAAACAGUUAUAAGUUUUCCCAAGCCAGUUUAUGGAUGCUUAUAUAAGUAAUUAGUAAGAGCAGUGUGAGUCUGUUAGGUCAAAUGAAACAUGGAAAACAAUUUAAGUUUUUUCUAUGUAUUUAGCAAUCUGUACAAAAUAACAGCCUGAUCCAGAGCCCAUUGAAGUCAGUCAGUGGGUUUUUGAUCAAACCCUAAAAGUACGAAGUCAUUUAAUUACGCUGAUAAUAACAGUAUUAGUACCAGAAUCUGUACAUUCAACUAGGAUUCUAGUGUCAGAAGUUUUAUUUGAAGUUUUAUAUGUAGGUAAAUUCUAAUGCCUUGCACCCAUCAUCCAUUACCUGAUUUUCUUUUUUACUUUUUAAAAGGGACAGUAAGAAAUACAACACAAUCUACAUGCCAACCUUUGAAUUAUAUGAACUUUGUUUUUCUGAAGAAAAACUUUCAGCAGUUCAUUUCCUGCACCUUUGUUAGAUAUACCUCACUGUGCAUUACCUUAUUUCAAAAUACUGUACAAUAGGACAGUGACACUGUUUUGAUAUUUUUGUCCUUCUGCCAAUGUUGAAGUAUCAUUUUAUGUCUGUUAGUUUGAAACAAUUUAUUUUCUGUCAAAUUACAUCAUCUGCUGUUUAAUAUUUAUCUCUAUCAAAUUUAGUUGUUUUAGGGGUAUGGAUGUAAGCAUAUUGUAGAUUCCAACACUGUACCAAUUACUCUUCUACUGAGUGGCUCUUUAUAAUGUCAGCUGCACUAUUCUAGGUAGGAAAAUUACCAUGCUAAAAAGAUGUUCUCUGAAAAAAUGUUGUGACUUAAUGGCUCUUUUUUAUGAAUCCUUUGCACACCAUUUCAGGUGAGUUUUUUUUACACUAAAUUGGCAAAAUAUUUUGAUAAUUUUCCACAUAACAUAAGGGAGUUGUUUUGUUUAUUUGUUCCCACAUUAAUUCAUGAAUGCCUUCACUGGUAUUCCUUUGAGAUAUAAGCUCUGAUAGAAAAAGAAUGGCAUACUUCCUAUCUCCUGGGAAAGUGCAGCCCACUUUGAUUUGCUGUCUAUAGUAGCCAUUCUAGCAAUUCAUCUGUUCCUCUUGUUUGCUGCAGAGACUUCUUUUCUUCCCCCAAGGGUGCAUACUCAGUUAAGAUAGGUGUUCUUAGCUUUUAUGCCUCAAACAGUUUUCUUUAUUUUCAAAGAGAAUCAUAAUUUGACACAUUUGAUAAAGAGUAUUAAGUUGUGUCAUAACAGGGCUCUCAUAAUUUAUAGAGUGUCUGUAACAAAUCACUGGCUAGGCAGAUGUUUACACAUCAUGGAAAUCUGGCACAAGCCAGAGCAGCCACAAAAGCACAAACCUCUAGCUGUAACAGAUUCUUAAUUUCAAUGUGUAUUGGCCACUAGCAGGAGACAUAAUUAUGCACAUUUAACCAAUGGAUUAUGUUCAGGUUAAAAAAAAGAUUUUUAACUUCAUUAUUUGCCCUGUUAUGGAGCAAAUUAUGGAGAAAUUAUUUUCUUAGUCUGUAACUUUCCACAUAGAGAAGUAAUUAUGUAAAACACAUCUCAAAAAGCUGUAACGUAACAGCUACUAUUACAGAUUGCGCCUCCUAAAUCUGGGACUCUCUUGUCUGGGAACAUCUGUGGUCUAGCAGGGCCAUGGAUAUUGCUGAACCAAAGAUACCCAGAGGCUGGAGCGGGAGCCAGCUGGAGAACACAGGGCUGGGGAGCCCUGGCUGGGCCACUGGUUAUAGCAGCACAGGAAACAGCAUUGAUGGAGCAGGGAUGGGAGGCACUUAGGGGAAGAGGUGGGGUGGCUGGGUAGCCCCAUGGCUGGCAGCAGAGCUCUCAGCCUGUGCUGCUUCACCACCAAGCUGCACUCCCAAGCCCUGGCUGCCUGCCAAGGGAUUCCACAUCCUCAAGCCACUUCCCCAAGCACUCCGUCCCCCUCGGCCCACUUUUCCUCUCCUCCCUCUUUGAACUUGAAUUUUGCAAAUCAGCUAUUUGUGGCACAAUUUCUGCAAGGGAGGGGAAGGGUUAGUGAGUGCAAAGCCUCGGGCUUUCACCCCUGAGUUCUCCAGCCCUCCAGCACCCACAAAUGCCUGACCACAGAUGUUGCCGGACAAGGGAAGUUCAGAUUAUAGAUUUGGGAAGCCCAGACAAGGGAAAUCUAGAUUAUAGUCCGGAUUAUAGUUCAACCUGGAUUAGAAAUAAACUCUUGUGGCAGGAGCUAUGUUUAUAGUCUCAGAAGACAAGCAACAAGAGACAUGGGGACAGGGAGGUAAUUGAAGAAAUGUUUGCUAUCCUAUUUUCCACAACUAAAGUUGGGAGCAAUUAUGAGGAGUCAGAGGUUAUAGUAUCUGGCGUAAAGAUAGUAUGGCAGUUUUUAACUUCCUUUAAUUAUACAUGAUUACAUUGUUUUGCAAAUACCAGCACUGCUUUGGUCAACUCUCUCACCCCCAGCACUUCUCUAGUCAGACUUUGCUCUCAUGAUUUUACCACCAUGCACAUUCCAAACAGAUCUCGCUUGCCUUUUGCCCAGAGUCCAAAGCCUUGUCUACACUGGAAAGGGCUUUUGUGACAUAGCUUUGUCAGUUACAGGUAGAAAAAGUAAUCAACUCACAUGUAGCUGGGCUAGCAAACUUUUAAAGUGUAGAUCAGGCCUUAGAAAUCAGAGGUGAGUCAAGAAUACUUCCACUUUGUCAUCCUUUAAUGUUUAAUUUGGAGGAAAAGAUGCUAUUGGCUUAAGGCACUGCUUUUUAGCCUGUGGUUCAUGAACCCCUAAGCUAUUCACAGACUGUAAGAUUUCCAGAGGGAUCUGCACCUUCAUUUGAAAUUUUUUAGGAGUCCGCACAUGAAAAAAGCUUGAAAACCAGUGACUUAAGGAAAAGCUCUGUUUAGUAGUUUGGUAAACCUUGGGAUUUGUGAGUGCUUUUCAAUCUCCUUCCCUUGGCUACCCUCUAAUAAGACAUAAUGGGGAAGAUAAUGCCCUACUGCUCAGUUAAUUAAGUAAUAUAUUUCUUGUGUUGGUUUCACUUUUGUGAACCUUAUUUCAAUGGUGUUAAAUUACAAAUAGCCAUGUGUGUCUUCUGUAGAUUUGGCAUGUCAUUUGUUGACACAUUUACAUUAAUACUUGGGCUCCAUUCCUUGUUUGUGCUUUAAAAGCUUUACAUCCAUAAGGUACAUGAUAUCCGGUAUUACUCAUUCACAAAGAACAGGAUAGUUUUGAAAGUUAUUCUGAAAACUGAGACAAGGUGGGUGAGGUAUUGAUAGUUAUUGAACCAACUUCUGUUGGUGAAAGAGACAAGCUUUUGGGCUAAACAAAGCUCUUCCUAAUGUGCUGAAGAACUGUCCUGAAGAGGAGCUCUGUACAGGUCAAAAGCUUGUCUCUCUCACCAACAGAAAUUGGUCCAAUAAAAGAUAUUCCUUCACCUACUUUGUCUCAGCAAUAUCCUGGCACCAGCACAGUGACAAAAACACUACAGGUAAUCUGUAACCUGGGGACAAUGCUUUUUUUUGGAAAUGUGUUCCUAGUACUCUUUCUUCCUCCUAACGAUUUAUGCACUAGUAACCCUAAAACAUUUCCUUGUAUAACAAAAGAAUUUGCACACUGGAGAUCAGUAAAAACAGCACAUAGAUCUGACUGCAUUUUUCCCCCAAUGAAGUAAAGCUUGCCUCUCUUGGAAGAUACAACCAACUAGUUUGCUUACUAAGCUUUAACUGAAGGUAAAUGUGAAGCUAGAAAUUUGCUGGCAGAAUUAUGGCAAUUGAAGUUGCUUGCAAGGAGCUCCUGGUGCCUGGAACAUUCACUUAAAAAGAGAAUUGUCCAGGGGGAAAAAUGCAAGUUAUCUAACAUGUUAUUGUUUUUCAUAGAAAAUCUCUGAUUACAUGUUGGACAGUUGAAUAAAUUUAUUAUUUAAAAUUAUUAUUGAUAAAGACUGCCAUUUAAAAUUACUAAUUCUUUGUUGAGUUCUAACAAUAGUAGUUCUAUUUGUACCUUUUACAUUUGCCUGAGGUCGAGUUGUGAUCAGUUAUCAACAAACAACAUUCACACCUGCAAAUCUAUUGUUUCAAGAAACCUGUUUAUUAAUAGUUAUAUUUGGCUCAGUCCUCCCAGUGAUUUGUUAGAGAGGUCUGAGUUUCUUUAAAUGUCAUAAUACUGUUUGUAAUAACAUGCUACAAAAUGUCUAGUAUUCAUGAUUUUGUUGCUCACUGAAAUGCUAAUAGAUUAGGGCCCAAAAGCUCUAUUUAAUUUUGUGUGGCCUGCUUCAUCACAUGUCUUGAGAAGUACAUUCACACAACACUCAGCUGGGAAAAGACUCUUCAGUAAACCAAACCUGUUUGUUAUAGGUUACAUAAAGAUCUCAGCAAGCCAGAGAGUUUAUUUUGCCAUGGUUUUUAAUAUUUAAAGUUGUGUUUGGCAUUGUGGGAGGCAGCCUUGCGUAGCAGAGCACUGGACUGGGAUUUAAGCGACCCUACAUUCUAUUCUUAGCUCCGCCACUGGCUUGUUACGUGGCUUUGGAUAAGUUAUGUUACUACUCUGUGCUUCGGUUUCCCUCUUGUAAAAUGGGGGUGAUAGUACUGAGUCUUGACUCUGCUUUUUCACCCCAAUACACUGCCCAGCAUAUCUGGGCCAGGGCAAAGGAGGAAGUCAUAUGCUACUGGUAUGGAUCACUAGCAGAUUCCUGCCUCACUGAAGCAAGGGAAGAGCCAGUCAGGGUAAUAAUUAUGACUCUGGCUCAAUUCUUUUCCUGCACUGCUCUGGGGCAGUGCAGCAGUGUACCACUCCUUACUCAGAGCUAGAAGGAGAGAGAUAAUCUGGCCUACUGUUCUGAUUUAAGAGAAUCUGCUGAAUAAAGAUGGGUUAAUGAUAGUGCUCUACAUUGAGACCUUGUGACCUGGGCUUGAUUGCUGCUCUAAUUGUUUCAUUUCCUGGAUCAUUCAGGACUGAAGGCUGAAUACCAUGGGGAUGAUAAAAAAGCCAAAAUCCUCAGGUCUUAGUCAGGGAUGUGCAGCUCCCCUGGUGGGGCCAAAGAGUUAAAUAUAGCCGUUAUUGUGCUUGCAAAUCAUUUGAUGUAAAAUAUUAAUAGGAAUAAAUGGUAGACUUAACUCAGAUGAUACUAUAGUCCAUAGAAUUUAUUUCUAAAAUAUAAAGUCUGAGCAGUAUUUUUUUACAAUUAAUAGUAGAGAACUACUAUUAAAUUGUUUCUUAAAUUCUCAAAGUUUCCAACGUCCUUUUUUAAAAAAUGCACUUUGUUUAGUUUUGCUACCCAGUGAUCAGUUGACAUGCUAAUUAACAAUUCUCUUCUU